AUGUAUAUUAAAAAGUUUUUAAAAUUAUUUAUUGCUUUGAUUUUUUAAAUUUCAAUUAAUUUAAUUAAUAAAGAUAAAUUGACAAAAUAAUCAAGUUUAUAGAAAAAAAUGGGAUAAAUCUUUGCAAAAAACUAAGUUUAUUAAAAAACAUAUUAUGAUCGUUUGAAAUAAUUUAAAAAUACAAACUAUUCAGUUCACACAACAUUGAGGCUAGAAUUUAAGCGUUUAUCUGACUAAGAUGUAUCUAAUUUAGCAUUAGCAUUAAGCCAUUGUAUCAACCUUAAUGAUUUAAACCUUUCUAUAACUUGUGCUAAAAUAAACAAAAAAAGUUAAAAUGAAAUACUUCAAGCCUUAAAAAAUUGUAAAAAAAUUGAGUCAUUAAGAAUAAAACUUGAUUAAACAGGAGCAAAAUUUAAUUCCGAUGUCAUUAGCGAAGAAGAAAUAAGAAAAAAUUUUUUAAAAGUUUAAAUAUUGCUUAUUUACUAUACAUGUGUUCAAUUUAAAACAGAAGCAACAAAAUCUUUGGGAAAUCGGAUGACUGAGAGCACAAAUAUUUUAAAAUUGUUUAUGGCAGUAAGACCUAUUGAUAAUGAAGAUUUUAUAUAUUUGGGAACCUAAUUAGUAAAAUACUCAAAUCCAAAAUAUAUAAGAUUAACCUUAUGUGAACAUAAGGUAGAUGAUUAAAGUCAUAAGGCAUUUGCAUGUGAAUUAGCUUAAAUUUAGCAUUUAUUAUUUUUAAGGAUCGAAAUAGAGUAUGAAGCCAACUCAAAAGUACCUUCUAAAAAAGAUUAUAUUAGAAAAAAUAAAAGAUUAGUACAAUUAAAUGUUUGUUUUACGGGUUAAUACCGAUAUCUAUGA